ACCUUUCGAAAGCAUCUCCAAGAGCUCCAAAUUCCCGUUCUCUGUUGGCUAAUACAAGAAAGAACACAGAAACUCACCAAGCUCCAUCAAUGGCUGAAUUCGCAAGAGAACUGCAGUGCUUUCAACCCUUCUCUUCUUUGCUCGACAUCGACAUGGUCGAACCCACGAACGACUUCACUGGAUCAAACCCGAGUGCCAUCAAUUCUCAUCCCUCCUCCGACUUUCAUAGCUCUGCAAUUCUCUCUAGUGACAAUCCCUUGUUUUUGCAACCGGUGGUCCCUGAUUUCCCCAGCAACUGGGCCAACGUUUUCCCGGGCAUUUUCCAUCCUUACGAGCAAAAUCUUGCACCGCUCAGUGCCGGAGACGAUUCGUAUGAAGAAAGAAAGCGAAAGGUGUCCGGAUUACCGGCUGAAAGCAGCUCAGGAAUUGUUUCAUCUCCACUUCAAAAGUCAGAUACAGAGAGUUUAGGAAAGGCAAAGAGAAGGAAACGUAGCGAGAAAGAAGAGAAGCCAAAGGAAGUGGUUCACGUUAGAGCUAGAAGAGGCCAGGCCACUGAUAGCCACAGUUUAGCAGAAAGGGUGAGAAGAGGGAAAAUCAAAGAGAGACUGAGGUAUCUGCAGGAUCUUGUUCCAGGGUGCUAUCAGACCAUGGGAAUGGCAGUGAUGUUGGAUGAGAUCAUUAACUAUGUCAAGUCAUUGCAGAGUCAAGUUGAGUUUCUCUCCAUGAAACUUGAAGCAGCAAGCUCAUAUUAUGAUUUCAAUUCAGAGGCAGAUGCAAUAGAAACACUGCAGAGGGAACAGAUGUACGGGAAUAGGGAGUUGGAGAGUUUGAUGAGACUAGGACAUGCCAACUUCCAUCCAAGUUCACACCCUUGAUUUCUCACCUCUUCUGAUGUUACCCAAAAGAAGCAUGAAGAAGCUCAGUGGAAUUUUCCAUUUUAGAGCAAGUUUUUUCCAUACCCCUUUGGCUCAUUAAAAAAAAAAAUUGUAUACUUGUAAUAUCCCUCAUAGAAAAUGAGGGAUUAUGAUAGUUCUUCUCUUCUGAAUCAGAUAGAUUCAUAUUUAAAAGAGGUUGACAAUAAGUAAUUUUAGAAUUAUUAUCGAUUACCUAGGGUUUAUGGAGACCACAUAUGACUUUUGAUUGUGAUUAGCUCCUGUAUUACUCAUAUAUUGUGCUUCAAGAUGAGGGUUUAAUCCCGUUAUUUGUGAAAA